CUCAGAAACCUGCGUAGCCAGAGAUGGGGACUGAGCCCGCAGAACAGAUCUUCUCGGGCCCCUAUUCUGGGUACAGUGAGGAGGCAUACUCGCCUGGGCCGUUUCCAGAGGUUUGCCACAAGGCGGAUGUCCAGGCCUUCAGUCGCACGUUCCAAUCCAGUGUCUCCCUGACGGUGGCUGCCCUGGGUCUGGCGGGCAAUGGCCUGGUCCUAGCCACCCACCUAGCCGCCCGGCGUGCUUCCCGCUCACCGACCUCCGCCCACCUGCUCCAGCUGGCCCUGGCCGACUUUCUUCUGGUCCUGACCCUUCCCUUUGCUGCAGCUGGGGUUCUGCAGGGCUGGAGUCUGGGAAGUGCCACCUGCCGUGCCAUCUCAGGCCUCUACUCAGCCUCCUUCCACGCAGGCUUCCUCUUCCUGGCCUGUAUUAGCGCUGACCGCUAUGUGGCCAUUACGCGAGCCCUCCCAGCUGGACCGAGGCCCUCCGGGCCGGGCAGAGCACACUUGGUCUCAGCCAUCGUGUGGCUGCUGUCGCUGCUCCUGGCACUGCCUGCUCUCCUUUUCAGCCAGGACGGGCAGCGGGAAGGCCAACGGCGCUGCCGUCUCAUCUUCCCCGAAGGCCUCACUCAGACGGUGAAAGGGGCGAGUGCGGUGGCACAGGUGGUCGUGGGCUUCGCGCUGCCGCUGGGCGUCAUGGCGGCCUGCUAUGCGCUCCUGGGCCGCACGCUGCUGGCCGCCAGGGGGCCGGAGCGCCGGCGCGCGCUGCUCGUCGUGGUGGCCCUGGUGGUGGCCUUCGUGCUGCUGCAGCUUCCUUACAGUCUCGCCCUGCUAUUGGAUACAGUCGACCUACUGGCCGCGCGCGAGCGGAGCUGCCCUGCCAGUAAGCGCAAGGAUCUGACACUGCUGGUGACCGGGGGCUUGGCUCUCGCCCGCUGCAGCCUCAACCCCGUGCUCUACGCUUUUCUGGGCCUGCGCUUCCGCCAGGACCUGCGGAGGCUGCUCCGGGUUGGGAGCUGCAGCUCAGUGCCUCUUCCCCGCGGCUGCUGCCCCCGUCGGCCCCGCCUUUCUUCCUGCUCGGCUCCCACUGAGACCCACAGUGUUUCCUUGUGGGACAACUAAGGCUGCGAAUCAAGUGGAGGGUGCAAGCUGAGGAAAUGAAUCUGGGAAGGCAAUGGGAAGGGGGAGUAGGUGGGGGUACGCUGAAAAAAAGGUAGGGACCUACACGAAUUGCUUAUGUACUUUGCCACAUUAAAUUGAUAACAUGGAAAUGAGAUA